AUGGCUAUGAGGAUGAAGAUGAAGAUAAAGAUGGAGGUGGAGAUGGACAUGCUGGAACACUCGCCGCCGCUCUCCCCGCGCUCAGGCCCAGCAGUCCGUCGGUCCCCCCUCCCCGCGUACCUGCCUACCUCGUACCCGACCCCCGAAUUCGAGCCGCGCAAGUCACGAGACGAGGACCAAUACGAUCGAAUUGAUACCGUCAACGACCAGCAAAAGCGCCUCUUCCACGACCCACGAGCCCGAGCCCUGCUGAAGACCUACCAGACGGCCGGAGAAGUGUACCCUCGCACCUUUUUUGCCCGCUUGGCCAAACAUGGGAAGCAUAUUCUGGAGUUUGGACAACCGGCCCAAACGAGCGAGAAUUAUCACGAGGCCGAUUUCAUCGCCCUGAAUCUCGUCGAGCUGGACUGGUGGCUGCGGAAUGGUUCAGGUGACAAGGUGGUCCUCUUGAGAGACCGGCCGUGGGCGACCAAUCGUCCCGCAACGACCUCGUCUGGUAUGCUGCACGAAGCCGCCUUCAUCGACCCGGAAAUGCACCUCGAUGUCCAGGAUCUGGGACAGAAAUACUCUUCUACCUCCCCUUCGGUGACCUCGGUCAGACUCCAGGAGGCCAUACUGCGGAUGCAAGAUCGUGUAUCUGCUCCCAUCAACCUACUAAACAUCGAAUGCAAGGAUGACCUUUUGAUCCCGCCGCCACUCUACGCACACUGCAAGGAGCUCAUCAAUGCUACCCGCUACGCCUCAUCCCAAGCUGCACGUCAAGUGGGCCAGAUGACCGAUCUCGGCAAGAAGGUCGUAGAUACCGUCCACAGGCACGCGGUCGAUAUCCAGUCCUGUAUCAAAUUCCAGAUCAACGGUCAAGCUGGCGCCAUCUCAUCCUGGCACAUGGACAACAUGGGAGUCUCAACCUGGGUCACGCUGGAACCAAACGCCGAGCCCAUGUACGAUCCCGAGGAGUCUCUGAGGAAGGAAGACACUUUCUUUUCGACAAAACAAGACGAGAGCGUUCUGAAGCUGUGGGCGAUUAUUUCCACGCGUACCCCGGAGGAUGAAGCUGCCGCCAGGAAGGCUUUCCUCAAGGAGGGAGAGGAUUGGAACCCGCCGCCAGAGUGGAUCAAGGUUCUUGCCUUGACCAGAUACGAUACGCUGAUUAUGCCACCCGGCACGAUCCACGCUCCGAUCACCGUGACCGAUUGCUUGUUUCGGGGAGGGAUGGCGAUACAAAAGCGGUUCCUGAAGACUUCCCUCGUCUAUUGGAAAUCCUGCACGGAUAACCCGCACUGCACCAACGAGAAGAUGCCGAAGCAGACCCGGGCCGUGAUCGAUUACCUCGAGCGCGUAAUCAUCAACGACCCGCAAGGAUGUGGCUUCCUACCAGAAGAAAUCGAGAAGUUAAAGGAGGACUGCAAGAAGAUUUCGGCCAACGCACUCGCGUGCCGUUGCCAAGGAGGCUGUACGAGAGGCACAUGCAGUUGUUUGGUAUACGGGCAGCGAUGCGCGGCGGGCUGUCACAAGGGCAAGGAGUGUCAGAAUCCAUGCGGGUGGCGGUAG